AUGGAUAUCAUCGACUUGACUGCAUCUUCUCCGGCGACACGAACACGGGCGACAACUGCUGCAAGAUCUGGAAAUAGGUCAUUUCGAGGUACAGCCUUUAGGCCGGAAACCAUGUCUCGGCCUCAUCCCUUCGGAACACAAACAGCAUCCCGACCGAGAGCCCCUCCGUCUCGGCCUCAACCUUCUCGCCAGCUACGAAACCGUGCUGCUGCUGCUGCUUCUUCAUCCUCUAUUCCCAACUCCCUCGGGACAACUCCUUCAAACACCACUUCCUCAACAGAUUCGCCCGGCGUCUUCCUAACGGACUCCGAUGAUGAUGAUGAAGGUGAGGAGUUCGACAGCAUGGAGGAAUAUCUUCACACAAACGAAGCAUAUCUUUCUUCGGAGGAUUCCAGUCUAGAUUCUGACGCUACGGCCGAUAUGGACGACAUUGAAGAUUACGGAGAUUACGAUGAGGAUUCGGAUAUUGAAGACGAAGAUGAAGACGAGAUUCCAGAGCCCGCGGCCGCUCGUCCUAUAGCUCCUGCAAUCUCCCGUACUCGGCCGCGAACUACAAGUAACGCCAACGUUACAGCACCUUCUCGGGCGACUACAGCAAACCAAGCGCCUUCCCGCCCUCCUCCCACGGCAACCACGCAACCUGCGGCACCAUCCCCUCAAACAAACCACAAACGAACCCAUCCCGAAACAAAAAUGCCAACAGCAUCAUCACCAGCGUCUAAAAAAGCCAAAACCGAGCCCCUCGAAGUCGUUGAUAUGAUCAACGUUGAGAAUGAUGACGAUAUUCAAAAAAUCAUGCACGAACAAAUGAUCAAAACGCAGCGGGAAGAAGGUAAUGCCCGUAGGAGGAUUGCAGACUUUAAGUGCGUUAUCUGCUUGGACGAUCCUGAAAACCUGAGCGCCACGUCAUGCGGACAUUUAUUCUGCAACGAUUGUAUCAAAACCACCUUGAGAUUCGGUCGUCCCAGUGCUAAGUUAGGGAAAUGCCCAGUUUGCAGGGGCAAGGUUGUCAUCAAAGAAAUAGUUCCUCUUGAACUCAAGUUAAUCAAGAGAGUCGAAGGGAAAGGAAAGGGAAAGGCUUGA